AUUGGGAGCUGUCUGGCUCUCAUGAGCACUUGGCAGGGCCAGCUCACCCUCAAGGGAAGAUGAGGCGACCACUGCAGGUGGCUGGAUUCACAGGGGCAGCAGAUUGCAAUGUAGAACUUUACAUUUCAGGUAGGAGAGGAACACCAUCUUGUGGUUUGUCUUGGGUGCCAAAAUGUCUUGGGCCAGCCCUGGCACUUUUAUACCACCUUGAUUCCAGUAGAAGGGAUUCCAUGAUAUGCACUUAACUCUCCUACUGGGAAAAAAUUAGUGGAGUUUUAAGAGGGUGUCCUUGGCCAGAUCCUGCCCAUUCUAUGAAUUGCUCAUUGAAAAGACAUUGGGAUCCAAUUCAUAUUUGGAUGUUUGCUUUCUAACAUGUGAUUUUAAUGCUUAAAUAAGCCUUUUCUGCCUUUUGUGUGUGCAGACUGAUAAUCUGGUUUAUAGGAUUUUACGGAGCUGCUAGGGGGGUAUGGGGUCAUGACCUUUUUCCUGACAGGAACCCCUGGGCCCUUGAAUUGGCAGCCUAACGGCAAAGGGUUCGUAUGUAGUGUUAGUCAUACUCUUGAGUAAACCCACUGAAACAAAUGGACAUGAUUUAGGUCCAUUGUUUUCAAUGUGUCUACUCUGAGUAGAAUUCAGUUGGGCACAAUUCAAAGCUUGCCCCUUUCCCUAUGAUGGCUAGGCAGUGUUAGAAGCUGCACCUGUUGAAUUUCCACCUCCUACAGUACUUAAAUGAGACAUAGGAAAAAAUUACUUUAUUUAGAACACUGAUUAUGCCACAUAUGUUUUAAAUAAAUAAAGGCAUUUUUAAAAGACCUUUGAGUACUGUAGGGGACGUGGAAAUCCAACCAAUACAUCUUUUCCAGAACUCUACCUAUCAGGCUGAAAGCUGCCUGCUUUAUGCCUGUUACGCAGAAAUUGGCUAUGCUUUGGUUUUAAUUGCAACAUGCAGUUCUCUUCAGUGUAUGGCCACAAAAUUCCUUUGCAGCUAGGCUGUGUUUUGCCCUAAGCGUUCCCUGCCGUGCCUACUGGGUUGCCAACUUCCCAACUGGCCGCUGCAGCUGUGCGGCUUGACAGACCUCGCUCAGCACGGUUAAAGCGUGCUUCUCGCCUGCCAUGCAGUGAGGGGAGCCUUUCCCCCUUUGCACCCUACACAAAGGCUUGCAAUAUCAGUUUCUGGUCAGCUGGCAACCUCGCGUGCCAGCCUGCGAUCCAAGAAGCCCUCCUUAAUUCGCAGGAGAAUCGGUGGCUGCAGCAUUUCAUUUCCCCGCCUUGCUUGUCGCGUUGAUCCGGGCGGGGGAGGAAAGGUGGGCGGAACUUCACAUCCUCGAGUCCUUGUUUCAGGAGGGGAGGGGGAAGGAAACUCCUUCCAGGGGGAGGAAGCCUAUUGGCCAGCUAGACUACCAAUCCGCGUUCUCUUCCUCUUUGCAGAGGCGGCCAAUCGGCGCGCGCAGAGUCCCACGCAGGCGGCUGCUGCUGCUGCUCCCGGUUUGCAGUUUGCAAGGUGGAGAGGGAUGCUGGAGCGGCUUUUGCAGAGGCUGCAAGUGGCCUGAGGGACCCCGGCAGUUUCCCACGUGGGAACUGAGGACUUGACACGGGUCUUCUAAAAGAUGAAGGUCCUUUGGCCUUGGAGGAAGAUCUGGGCUGGGAAGAGCCAUCUCUGCAGGCUGUACAGGGCAGGUGCCCUUCCUUCCCACAUCUCUGAGCGCCUGGCAUUUUAUGAGAAGCUAAAAGCUGCUGCGGCUGAACGAUGCGCCGAGCGAAGCCACAAAAACAGCCGGCCGAUCCGUAUUUCCCUACCAGGCGGCAGUGAAAUAAACGGGGAGGCCUGGAUGACCACACCGUAUCAAGUGGCGCUGCAGAUCAGCCGGAGUCUGGCCCAGGGUGCCGUGGUGGCACGGGUGAAUGGGAGCCUACAUGACCUGGAUCGCCCGCUGGAGGGCGACACCAGCUUGGAGUUUGUGGAUUUCGAAUCUCAGGAUGGGCAGGCGCUUUUCUGGCACUCCAGUGCCCACGUUCUAGGAGGUGCCGCUGAGCAGUUCUACGGUGCCUACCUGUGUCACGGACCCAGCACGGAAAAUGGCUUCUUCUACGACAUGUAUUUGGAUGAGGAGAGGACUGUGUCCAGUAAAGACCUGCCAGUCCUGGAGGAAAUCUGCAAGGGGAUAAUCGCCAAGAACCAUCCCUUUGAACGGCUGGAAGUCUCUCGAGAGGAUCUGGUGGAGCUCUUUAAGCACAACAAGUUCAAACUUCAGAUUAUCGACGAAAAGGUGAAAUCUCCGACUGCCACCGUGUACAGGUGCGGACCCUUCAUCGACCUCUGCCGGGGGCCGCACGUCCGGCAUACGGGGGAGAUCCGUGCACUGAAGCUCCUGAAGAACGCCGCCUCCUACUGGCACGGAGACCCUUCGAAGGAGUCCCUGCAGCGGGUCUACGGCAUCUCCUUCCCCAGCCCCAAGCAGCUCGCGGAAUGGGAACGUGCUCAAGAGGAGGCUGCCCAGCGGGAUCAUCGGCGGAUAGGCAAGGAUCAAGAGCUUUUCUUCUUCCAUGAACUGAGCCCAGGAAGCUGCUUCUUCCUCCCGAAAGGAGCGCACAUUUACACAACUCUCAUGGACUUCAUUAAGAGUGAGUAUCUCAAGCGCGGCUUCUCUGAGGUGAUCACCCCCAACAUUUACAAAGCGAAGCUGUGGGAGGCAUCUGGCCACUGGCAGCACUAUGCCGAGAACAUGUUCUCCUUCAGGGUCGAAGAGGAGACCUUUGCCCUCAAGCCAAUGAACUGCCCUGGCCAUUGCCUCAUGUUUGGCCACCGCCCCCGAUCCUGGAGGGAGCUGCCUCUCCGCCUUGCUGACUUUGGGGUUCUGCACAGAAACGAGCCGUCGGGAGCCCUGACUGGGCUGACGCGGGUGCGCCGGUUCCAGCAGGAUGACGCUCACAUCUUCUGUGCCAUGGAUCAGCUGGAAGGAGAAGUUCAAGGCUGCCUAGACUUCCUUCAAGCUGUCUACUCUGUUUUCGGAUUCACUUUGCGCUUCUACCUCUCCACCCGCCCCGAGAAAUUCCUUGGGGAGCCUCACCUUUGGGAUCGGGCCGAGGAGCUGCUGGAAAAAAGCCUCCGGGACUUUGGACAGCCUUGGGAGCUCAGUCCUGGGGAUGGCGCCUUCUACGGGCCAAAGGUUGAUAUUCAGAUUAAAGAUGCCCUCGGCCGGCACCACCAAUGUGCCACCAUUCAGCUAGAUUUCCAGAUGCCCAUCCGGUUUGAUCUCUCAUACGCAAGCAAAGACAGUGGUUUGGAGGAGAGGCCAGUGAUGAUCCACCGAGCGGUCCUUGGCUCUGUCGAGAGGAUGUUGGCUGUCCUGGCGGAGAACUACGGCGGCAAGUGGCCCUUCUGGCUGUCCCCGUUCCAAAUUAUGGUGAUCCCUGUUGGCCCAGACGUGGAGGACUAUGCCUGCGAGGUCCACCAGCUCUUCCACCAGGCAGGAUUCAUGGCAGACAUCAGUGCCGACCAAAGCUUGACCCUCAACCGCAAGAUCCGAAAAGCCCAGCUGGCCCAGUACAACUUCCAGUUUGUGGUCGGCCGCAAGGAGAAGUCCAGCCGCACCGUCAAUGUCCGUAGCCGCAACAAUCACCAAUACGGCGAGCGGGAUUCGCACGAGGUGCUGCGCAGGCUCCACGAGCUCCGGGAAGCUCGUGUCAUAAAUGCUGAAGAGCUCUUCUAAAGGAGAGGUGAGACCCCCAUCAUCAACUUGCCAGGACAUCCACAAGUAACAGAAACAACAGCAAAAGCUGUGUGUGUGUGUGAAUCAUUUCACAAGUGCACCUCAAGGUCACGAUACGUUUCAAGGUCCUUGUUCUUCACCAAGUUGCAUCGAUGCCCCACAGUUUGGAGACUGAGGUCAUCUUAUCAAGCAAGGAAUCCUUGUUUGCUAGAGCUGAACCAGCCCAGGCCGUACAUCAAAGCCUCCCCGCUGCCUUCUUCGAAGAUCCCUCAAAAUCUUGCCAUUUUUCUUGGUUGACUGGCAGAGCAGCAUGUACAACAACCAGGCCGCAGGAGAGCAGAACCCUCUUUCUCAGAAAAGCUGUUUGUGGAAACGCAUUCUUGGAGGGAUGCCAAGUUUCUCUCCUUCGCGCUGGGCAGCCUGUCUUUCAUGGUCACUGCAUCCCCUGCGGAGGCCCGUAAUUAAAAUACCUUUUCUUGAGAAAUUGCAGCUUGGCUGGCGGUCUCAUUGAUUGGUUGGCCUCGCUGCGAACUACUGCAUUAGCCCCAGGGGCCUUGGCGGGUCGAGGUCGGGGUCAGGCCAAGUUGUUCUUUUCUAAGGAUGCGUAAGGUGUGUCUUGUUGACAAGGGAUCCCACUGAAACUGGUGCCUAGAGUGGGGAGGGGGGCAUUUAACGGCAGGUGUGUGUGCAAAUUGCUCAAGUGAUUCAUCUUUGUUGCAUCUUGUUCCCGGAAAGCUGCGGAGGACCCACAGGUGGGAAGGGAAGAGAGACGCACACACACACACACCUCUUCACAGAACUGAGUCAACAGCAGCUCAGCUCAUAAAUUCUACCUUGCCCCCUGCCCCUAAUAUCCUUUAUCAGAUGCAAAUAGGUCUCUUUAAUGGUUAUGGGAGUUGGUGCAUGGAAAUAGUUACUCAGGGCCGGCCUGCGUAACCUUCCGGUAGCAGGUCCAUCGGGGUCUUUGUAGGUACUUACGUUAAGUGCUUUUCAAGUUGUUUUAGUUACUUUUAGUAUUUAAGUGGUUUUAGCAUUUUGGUAUAUCAGGGUGGUGCAGCCCACAAGGCUUUUUUUGGCGGCCCUCGGCAACAUUCGGGAAAGAACACCUUAAAGCUUUUAAAAAUUAAAUUUUUGUGUGUGUCAUGCAUUGCUAAUGAAAGCGCAUGCAUCUGUUGGUGUAUAAAAUUUCUUUAAUAGUUAAACCUAUUAGUUGUGUAUAUAAUUAUAAAUAUUUAAUUAAAUAUAUAAAUUGUGUACAUUAAAUAAUAUUAAAUAUAUUGUGAACACUU